AUGAAAGAGGAAAGCGACAAGACCCUAUGUGCAAGUCAUGGAGGGAUGGAAGAGGAACGAGACUCGACCCUAUCUAUGACAAUUGAUGGCGGGAUGGAAAAGGAAAUAGAUGCAACCCUACAUACAACAAGUGAUAGAGGGAAGGAAAAGGAAAGAGACACAACCCUACAUAUGACAAGUGAUGGAGGGACGGAGGAGGAACAAAAUUUGACUCUACAUACAACAAGUGAUCUAGGGAUAAAAAAGGAAAUAGACACAACCCUAUAUUUAACAAGUGAUGAAGGGAUGGAAAAGGAAAUAAAUGCAACCCUACAUACAACAAAUGAUCGAGAGUUGGAAGAAGAAAGAUACACAACCCUACGUAAGACAAGUGAUGGAGGGAUGGAAAAGGAAAGAGACACAACCCUACAUAUGAGAAGUGAUGGAGGGACGGAGGAGGAACGAAACUUGACUCUACAUACAACAAGUGAUCUAAGGAUAAAAAAGGAAAUAGACAUAACUCUACAAAUGACAAGUGUUGGAGGGAUGGAGGAGGAACGAAAUUUGACUCUACAUUUAACAAGUGAUGAAGGGAUGGAAAAGGAAAUAGAUGCAACCCUACAUACAACAAGUGAUCAAGAGUUGGAAAAAGAAAGAUACACAACUCUACGUAAGACAAGUGAUGGAGGAAUGAAAAAGGAAAUAGACACAACCCUACAUAUGAUAAGCGAUGGAGGGAUGGAAGAGGAAACAGAUGCGACCCUGCAUACAACAAGUGAUGUAGGGUUGGAGGAGGAAAGAGAUACAACUCUACAUACAACAAGUGAUGGAGGGAUAGAAGAAGAAACAGAUGUGACCCUACAUACAACAAGUGAUGAAGGGAUAGAAGAGGAAAGGGAUCUUGAUGGAGAAGCAGAACUGGAGAUGGAGCUCUCUGAUGAAGUUUCUGAAACCGAGGACAAUACAGAGUUCGAUCCAGACUACCACUCUACUGAUGAAGAAGAGUCAGAUGAAGAGCCAGAGGUCACUGCUGACACAGAGACAGCUUAUCAGUCCAAAAACGGAAACAUAUCGUGGACUUCAAAAACUCCGCCUCAAAAACAACGAGGGAGAUUUCCAGCUCAUCGUAUCAUCAGAAUGGCCCCUGGACCAACCAGGUUGGCAUGUGCCAAUGCCAAAGAUAUAAGAUCAACAUUUGAAUUGUUUUUCCCAGAUGAUAUUAAACAGAUUUUGAUUGAAAUGACCAAUUUAGAGGGAAAACGUGUGUCUGGUGCUGCCUGGAAGAAGCUGGACUGGACAGACUUACAGGCCUUUCUUGGUCUGUUGAUUCUGGCAGGUGUGUAUCGAUCCCACCAUGAGGCAAUAGGUAGCUUAUGGCAUGGUGUAUCGGGGAGGGCAAUUUUUCGUGCUACGAUGCCAUUGAAAACUUUUCAAGAUUUGUCAAGGGUCUUCUGCUUUUACAAAAAAGAUGAAAAGCUUGACCAAAAGAAAAGUGACAAACUGGCAUUAGUAAGGAACAUCUGGAACAAAUGGGUCCAACGCCUGCCACUCUUAUACAAUCCAGGCCCAAACGUCACUGUGGACGAGUGCCUGGUCCGUUUCAGAGGUCGCUGUCCCUUCAAACAAUACAUGCCGAGUAAACCGGGCAAGUAUGGAAUUAAAAUUUGGGCAGCAUGCGAUUCCAGAUCGAGCUACGCGUGGAACCUGCAGAUCUACACUGGCAAAGCUGCCGACGGCAAGUCAGAAAAGAACCAGGGAAUGCGAGUGGUCCUGGACAUGACAGAUGGUCUAGAGGGACACACAAUCACAUGUGACAACUUCUUCACAUCGUACGCCCUCGGCCAGGAGCUGCUCCAAAGGAAAAUGACCAUGAUUGGAACCAUCAGAUCAAACAAGCCUGAGCUCCCACCUGCACUCAUGUCAAUGAAGAACAGGACACGAUUAUCAUCCAUGUUCGCCUUCACUGAUACGCACACUCUUGUGUCCUACUGUCCCAGAAAAAAUAAAAAUGUGCUUUUGAUGAGCACACUUCACAGAGAUGACAAAGUAAGUGACAAAGAUCACAAGAAGCCAGAGAUCAUUCUAGACUACAACCACACCAAAGGCGGAGUUGACAACCUUGACAAGCUUGUUGCCACUUACACCUGCCAAAGAAAGACAGCUCGUUGGCCCAUGGUGAUUUUCUUCAACAUGUUGGACGUGUCUGCCUACAAUGCAUUUGUAUUGUGGACGGAGAUAAAUCCUUCAUGGCACAAAGGGAAAAACAUUAGAAGGAGGCUCUUCCUGCAAGAACUAGGGGAAGCUCUGGUGGCUCCCUUCAUGAAAAGACGGCAUUAUGCUCCCCGCACGCCAGCCUCUCAGAAUAUGGUGAUGGAAGCAAGAGCAUGUUCUUCUACAGCCAAAAAACCUGGCUGCUCCCCAAUAUCAAGCCCCAGCAAGAGGAAAAGGUGUCAGGUCUGUGAGGCAAAGAAGGGCACAAAAACUAGUAUGAUGUGCAGUCAGUGUAACAUUUACAUUUGCAAGACACAUGCUAUUAUAACUUCUUACUGCUACGCAUGCAAGAAGGUUUAAAGGGGUCAUAUGAUGCAAUUUCAAGUUUUCCUUUCUCUUUGGAGUGUUACAAGCUGUUUGUGAAUAGAUAAGAUCCCAAAAGUUGCAAAGACUAAAGUCUCAAACCCAAAUAGAUAUUCUUUAUGAAAGUUAAGAUUCGUCCAUACCUAAAACCCCUUGUUUAUACGCACCCCUACGUCUAUUGAUGUGGGAAGAUUUGCAUAAUGCCAUAGAAGGCAUAACUUUAUCCUUGCUGCCGUCGCCAUGUUGUGAAGACGCUGUGUGUUUUGUUGCAAAAAUUAAAAUACUUUGUUUGACCUAACAUUUCCGUCACACGCUUGAGGUAGUCGGCCAAUCACAAUGCACUGAAUAGCUGAUCAAUCAGAGCACACCUCUCUUUUCAGAACGAUGAACUUUGUAAAAAUCGACACGUUUCAGAAAGGCGGCGCAUAGAGAAGAAACAAUAAUGCACAGUAUGUGGAAAAUGUGUUUUUUGAGCUUAAACAUAAAAUUUCAUUACAACAAAUACCCAAAAUUAAUGUUCUUUUUAGCAAUGUCAUAUCACCCCUUUAAACAAAACUUGGCUUAUAUGCUGUUUGUUAAACAGUUUUAUAGCACUUAUUUUCCUGCUGCUCAUCCUAACCCUAACUCUUUACUAACAAGUUUACCAUUGCAAAAUAUAUGCCAUUUACUUAUCUAAUAUUUUCAUUAGUUUACUUCAUCAGAGUUACUGAAUAUUUUUUUAAUAA